CAGCUGAGUCUUAAACCCUAACAACGGGACAUCGCGAUCGAUCCAGUCCAGCUCCGCAGCCAUGGCCGCCGCCAUCUUCUCCACCGGCCGCCGCCUCCUCUCGACGGCCGCCGCAGCCGUGGGCGAGGCCAAAACCGAGUAUCCCAUCCCGAUAGCCCACCUCCGCCGCCUGGUCCGCGCGGGCCGCCUCGCUGACAUCGACGCCGUCCUCGCGCCGCUCUUCCCUUCCCACCCCGUCGCCGCGCUCUCCGCCCUCUCCGCGGUCGGCCUCCCCGACCGCGCAUCCGCGCUGCUCGCCACCAUCCCGUCUCCCACCGCCGCGCACCUCAACGCCGUCCUCGGCCCGCUCCUCCUCCGCCGCCGCCUCGCGGGGCUCGUGCCCUCCAUCCUCGCCGCGCACCCCUCCGCCCCGCGCGAUGCCAUCACGGACAGCAUCCUCGCCAAGUCCCUCUGCAUCAUCUCGGGCGCCGACUCGGCGCUCCACCUCCUCCGGGAGCCGUCGUCGGGGGCAGCGCCCUCCCUCCAGCUCUUCACCGCCAUCAUCGACUCCUUCUACAAGCAGCGCCUCCCGCACCGCGCCGAGGAACUAUGGCGCUCCAUGGUCGACGACCACGGCAUCACCCCUGACGCUGCCGCCUACAACGCUCGGAUCACCUACAAGUCCACCAAUGGCACGGUGGAGGAGGUCAGGGAGCUGAUCCACAUCAUGCGCGAGGAGACGGGGCUCCGGCCGGACGUCAUCACCUACAACGCGCUGAUGCGGGCGAUGGUACGGCACGGUAGGGUGGACGAGGCGCUGGAGGUGUACCGGAGCCUGGAGAAAGGGGAGGAGGUGGAGGUGGUGCCGGACUGCGGGACGUACACGUGCGUAGUGAGCGCGCUUUGCGGCGCGGGGAGGUGGUCGGAGGCGGAGGACGUGUUCUAUGAGGGGUUGAAGCGCCGGAAGGUGAGCGACCUCGGUACGGUGCGCCGGCUGGUGCGCGGGCUAAAGGACGCCGGCAAGGGGCGCGCGGCGAGGCGGGUGGUGGUCGGUCUGCGCAAGAAGUUCCCCGACCAGUUUGACGGGCCGUGGAGGGAGCUCGAAGAGGUUGCCGGGCUGCCGGCCUCUGGCAAGGAGGACGACUACGAAGAUGGCGACGACGAGCAGCCGGUGGCGACAACGGCCGCAGCGUGAGCUGCUUGGUUGCAGCGUUCAUGACAAUGCUCAAAAGGAGUGGCAAAUUUUGUUUAAGGGGCAGUUUUUUAUGAUCAAUCCAAUAAGCAAGUUCACAGAUUUACAACAACA